UUUACUCUCUUGUAUCUUUCCCAUUUUGUACAUGUGCUUUAAUUUUUUUUUCAAGUUUGGUCGUUUUUGUUGUUGCUUUUCUGUGUUUUUGAUAUUUUGUAUUUUUUACCGUUUCGUAACUUUGGUAAAUUUGGUCUUUCGUAUUUUAGCUAAUUUAAAUUUUAUUUCUCUACACAAAAGUUUAAUACUCUCUAAAAGACUCAUUGCUGUCUAA